ACCCUAGCCAAGAAAAUCGCCACCCUACAACUCCGCCUCGCACCUCUCGUGCCCCUCCCCACCGGCCCACCUCACCCAGCCUUCCCCAAAACCCUCAUGGCCUUCCACCUCCUCACCGAAGAAGAGCUAGACUCCAUCGCCCACUACUACCAUCAAUCUACGCCCGGCAUCUGGACCCACCAAUACCCCGCCACCAUGAACUGGGACAAAGACUUCCUCGCCGCUGCGAAACCUCCCACCGCGGAAGAGAUUCGAGGCAUGAGCCGGAGGAAGGUCGGGAAGUUUAUUGGGUUGGUGGGAAUGGAGACGCCGGUG